UUUAACUAAAUUUGUACAAAUGAAGCAUCCUAACACCAUUUUCUUUUGAUAAAUAUAGCUAUGGAUCUCGCCCUAAGCAAGCAAGUGCUAGCCAUCAUAGGUACAAUAACACACAAUGAAGCAACUCUCGCAAGUGAAUUUAAUGACAAAGUAAAAAAUAUUCCUAUCUUGUCUCUAAUUUCAUCUGUAACCAGAGCAGAGCAAGUAUCACCUCUAUUGCCUCACUUCAACCAAGUGGGAUAUAAUAUUAACCUUCAAAUGCAAUGCAUUGCAGCCAUUGUAGGAGAAUUUAAAUGGACAAAGGUGACAGCAAUCUAUGAACUUGAUAACAGGUUUUCCUCUGAUCCUGGGAUCCUACUCAACCUCUCCUAUUCUCUUAGACUUGUUGGUUCUGAGAUUGACAAUCAUGUAGCUUUGCCUCCAUUGUCCUCUCUAUUAAACCCAAAUUCUAACAUUGAAAAUGAGCUUAAUAGGCUAAAAAGCAGGAGUAACAGGGUCUUCUUGAUUGUGCAAUCUUCUUUAGAGCUCGCUAACCUACUUUUUGAGAAAGCAAAGCAAAUGGGUUUAAUGGGAAAGGGUUCUGUGUGGAUUAUCCCAGAUGGGAUUGCUGAUCAUCUUGAUUCAGUUAACCCGUCUGCUAUCUCUAACAUGCAAGGAGUUAUUGGAUUUAAGACACCCUUCUUGGAAACAAGCAAGGCAUUUAGACGGUUCAAGUUAAAAUUUCGUAGAAGGUUUGUCUUCGAGUUCCCGGAAGAAGAGAACAUUAACCCAAGUUCCUUUGCACUUCAAUCGUAUAAUGCAACCUGGGAAGUUGCUCAAGCUGCAAAGGAAUCACAAGGGAAGUUAACCCUUGAACAAUUAUUAAAAAGUAAAAUCUCCAUGAAUGAAAAAUUACGGCAAUCACCAACCCUCAGCAUAAUUAACGUGGUAGGAAAAAGUUACAGAGAGUUGGCAUCAUGGUCUCCCGCAUCAGGUUUCUCCAAAACCCUUGUUACAGAACAGAUGACAGAGAUGAACACAAACAGUGCUUCAAGUGGAGUUUUGAGCACAGUUUAUUGGCCAGGAGGCAUACAAUUUGUUCCUAAGGGAUGGACUCACAACACCAAAGAGAGGACAUUACAAAUAGGAGUUCCUGCAAAUGCUGCAUUUACUGAUUUCGUGAAUGUGGAAUAUGAUAUUAAGAGGAACAAAACUUCUUUUACCGGAUUCUCAAUUGAUGUCUUUAAAGCAGCUGUUCAAACUUUGCCUUAUAAUUUGAAUUUCUCGUUUGUUCCCUUCGAUGGAUCUUAUGAUGAAAUGGUAGGCCAAGUCUACAAUAAGACAUUGGAUGCUGCUGUCGGAGAUACAUCUAUAAUGGCAUACAGAUAUCAUUUAGUUGACUUCUCACAACCGUAUGUUGAAUCUGGCAUUGAUAUGGUGGUUACAGAGCAGUCAGCUAAAUUAAAGGAAACAUGGCUUUUUUUACAAGUCUUCACAAAAGAGAUGUGGUUAAUGAUGGCAGCAUUACACAUUUUUGUGGGACUCGUCAUAUGGUUGAUCGAAAGGCAAGUUAAUGCAGAACUAAGAGAGUUCGGGUCCAUGCUUUGGUUCUUAGUCACCGUAAUAUUCUUUGUACAGAGAGAACAAAUUAGAAGCCCCUUGGCUCGAAUUGUGCUGGCACCAUGGUUAUUUGUGAUCCUCAUUGCAACUAGUACUUUCACAGCAAGUUUGACAUCUAUGAUGACUGUUUCACAACUAGAGCCAUCUGUGUUAGAUAUGCACACCCUUCGGGAAAAAAAUUAUGUAGUUGGUUGUAAUGGAAAUUCGUUCAUUUUGAAGUAUUUGACUGAGGUACAAAAAUUCAAGCCUGAGAACAUUAGGAAAAUUAAGUCUAUAAAUGAUUACCCUGAUGCCUUUCGGAACAAAGAUAUCGAAGCUGCUUUCUUUAUUGCACCUCACACUAAGGUCUUUUUGGCAAAGUACGCAUGCAGGGGUUUUAUCAAAGCAGGGAACACUUUCAGGCUUGGCGGCUUGGGUUUUGCAUUUCCCAAGGGUUCAAAUCUGGCUACUGACAUAUCCGAAGCAUUGCUGAAAAUAAUAGAGAGUGGACAGACCGAACAACUAGAAAAAGAUAUGCUAAUGGUAGAAGUCAAUCGCAGUUGUCCUACUUUAGAGAGCGAGAAAAAAAAUAGGUCAUCGACUGGUUUUCAACCUUUCCUUGGCAUAUUUUGCAUCUGUUCUAUUGUUGCUAUUCUGGCAUCGUUAUAUAGUAUGAUUUGUUGGUUGAUGAACAAGGUAGAGACCUUCACUAGCUACAUGCAUGUAAGAUUGACACUAUUAGGGAGAAUGCGGAGAUGCACAAACACAGUUUUUUUCCGGGAGCUGCUCAAGACUUCAAUCAGGAAGUGUAAACCCGACACAGUAACAAUAAAUGCAGAGGAAACAGUCAUUGAUAGUCAGCAUAGUACAGUAGUUAUAGAUGCAGUAUUGGCUGCUAAUGCUUCCUGA